AUGCCACCAAAAAAGCAGCAAAAGAAGAAAAAAGAAGAAAAAGAUAAAUUGCCCGAAGUCGAUAAAACAUUUUACGAAUUGCAAAUAGCAGAUUUGAAUCGCAAAUUAACGCGUCUCAAAGCGACUAAUCUCGAAUUGAAAGAAACAAACGAAGAGUUGUCCGCAACAUCGAAAGCCUUGGACGAAGACAGAUGUGAUGUCAUUGAAUAUCUAAAACGGGUCGCCAAGCAAAAAGUUAACGACACCGAUGAUAUGGAACAACGGAUGAUUGCUUUGCAAAGAUUAAGAGAAUCUGAAGCUGAAGGUUACAAAAAGUCUGUAGAAGAUAGCAAGUCUGAAUUCAAAACUAUGGAAGAGCGACUGACUGCAGAAAUCAAACUCCUUAAUGGUAAGCUCAACUCCUUAGAAGAAUUCCGCGUCAUGAAAGAAGAUUUGACCAAGAAGUUCCAGUUGCAGCAAGAGCAAAUAGAACAGGAUGAAGUCCGACAUAAGGAACAAUUAUACGAAUUGGAGAAGAAAUUCAAUAUAGAAAAGGAUAAUUUGAAGAAGCAAAUGGAAAGCAAGAUGUUGAAGUUGUCCAAUGACUUCUAUGAAGCCACAGAGUUGACGCUGCCCGAUAUGACUAAAAGAGUUAUAAGAGAGAACAUCACAAUAAACAACGAGCUAACUAAGUUGCUAAAGUCCCAAAGUGAGUUAUCUGAAGAAAAUAAAAACAUGAAAAACCAACGACGAAUGUUGCAAACAGAAAUCAAGUUACAUGAAGAAGAAAAGUGCAAACUGUUGCGAAAAUUCAAUGUCCAAAAUUCAGCAAUUAAACAAUUGACUCUAAAAUGCGAAGAACAAGAAAAAUUGCUCAACAAGGCUAAUAAGACUGAAAAAAAUCUUGUGGAUUCUCAAGAUAUUUUAAAACAGACUGAAGAUAAAUUGCAAGAAUCAUCCAAAAAAAUCAAUGAACUUGAAGAAAAACUCACAAUUCUUACCAAAGAGAAAAACUACAUCGUGCAACGUAUCAAACACGAACAAAUAGAAAAACUGAAGUUAUACGAUAUUAUCCUGCAUGCUACAAAAUCUGUUAAAACAGCAAUAGAACUUAAAGAUGAAUCUCCCCAUCUCGACUCAGCAGUUGAAAUCACUACACGCCAAAAUUUCUUGGCAGAUCUCCUAAAACUUUUAAAAACAGCAAAGGAACCAAAGUGGCAACGUAUCCGUCCUGGAGAGGAAUCUGUCAGGCCAGGUGUUGCUUACGAUUUUGGGGAUUUGGGAUUUGUCCAAACGGAAACCAAGAUCGAAACACCAGUUACAUUUGAGAGGUACCAAUCUGCUGCAGGACGAAAGUUUCGGUUGGAUUCUCAAGUUAUUGGAACUUUGGUUACUGAUCCUGUUUUGAUGAGAGCAAGGAAGAGUAAAGCUGAACUCGAAGGAUUGGGAAUUGAUUUUCAGGAGUUUGUAACGAAGGAAGAUUUCGAGGACGAUUGGUCGCCGUCGUCGUUUGAAGAUUGA